UAUGUUCCCUGCGCUUGUUGCGAUUCACCAUCUGAAGCUCCGUUUUGGAAGAAUCUCUGGAGCUUCAAUCUUUUUUUCCCCUUGAAUUCGACGUUUCGUUGCGUCGAUGUUGGUGGGUGCUAGUGACUAGGAGCGCGCUCGUGGUGUGCCUCACUAGAUGAUGGUGAAAAAAUUCGCUUCUCUGUGUCGGUUUCGUGAGUGCCGUUUAGGUAUUAAUCUAUCAGUCCUGUCAGUCGUUUGCGAGGUAUUCAUUUCUAGCGUCUAUCCACGCACUCGAUUGAAUCUUAGCUUUGAUUAGCCCAAAGAGUAGUCUCUGUAUGAAUUUAUUUUACCGGGUUACUGUGUCUUGUGGGUAGUUUUAAUCAACUAGAUAGAGUGAACGCAGAACUAGUUUUUGCUGCGACUGAAAUAAUUAGUACCGUCGUGUCUUGACUCUCAGCCACCCGGGCUUCUGACGGAAAUGGGUUUAUCUCACUGGAGCGCUGUGAAACACACCGCUUGCAGUAUUUGUUAGCCGAUGAAAUACAAGAAUCUCGUAUUGAACUCCGUGUGUAGAACCUCAAUCUUAUUCCAACUACGGUUUUUAAGUGCUUCGCAGAGUUUCCAAAUUGGUCUUUCUUUUGAUGAUUCAAUUGUCCAGGCCAUCAGCAUUCUCGUUACCAAGAUUUCUCCUAAGCUCAGUGUUGAUGCUAGCAGUACACUCCUAGGGGUUUCUCACACAAAAAGAUGUGCCUCACAAAUCCCGAAUCAAGUCAAAAUUUCAAAUGCUGCGCUGUGGUGUGCGAAACGCAUAGGUUAGGACCACGGAUCUCAACUUCCGACCAAGAAAUCGACGAUGGUCUGCGUAUGAGACGAAGUAGCUGGCGAGUUUGUCUUCCCAAAAGUGUUGACUCGAAAAGAUUUAUAGAGAUUGCAGCAGCAGCCUAACAGUUGUUCCCUGCACUCCAGUGGUCUUAAUAACAUGAAGUGAUUUCAUCCGCUUACGAUGGGAAUCCUGUCCAUGGCGCCCUCGAAUGCUCAAGCAGCCAUGAGCUUCGUGCCGGUGACAAAGAUAGUUGUCAUUCUCGUAUUCUUCGGGAUAUUUGCUUCCACGGUGACUGUUACACGAUCCGUUGUUCGAUCCACUUCGACAACGUUCAAAGACCAGUUUAGGGCCCCGCCAGAAGCUGUGAUCGUGGAUACAGGCGAAGAUGUACCCAUCUUGGAUGUAAGCACAGAGUGGACGUCGCCAAAUGUGGACGACGACGACUAUUUCGCGAGGCGUGACUACAAACCUUUACACGGCUACAUUGUCAGCAACAAAGCCCAACGAUUCAAUAACUCGAAAGGCGCGCUCGACAUCCUGGGAAUCGAAGCACACCAGUACAUUCCUCCGCAUUACAAGUCCGAGGCGGUACUUCAGGAAAUGAAAACGUUUCUCAGGGGGGAAGACAAAUACCUCAUCGACAGACACAAGAAGACGUUUUCCAACCGAAUGGCGUUCACGAAACUGUUCCAACAGUUCGUCGCGGACCCAACCGCGGACCUAGGCACGUGGCGGUUUUUUUUCGAAGACGACAUAGCGGUUCAUCCUUUCCUGACGGAAACUCUCGCCCGAGACGCAAUAGCUCGGGGACUGGAGGUCGCGGAUGGGGAUGGCAUGCUGUACCUUGGAAUCUGUGGACCGAGGUUGUGCAGAGAUAAGGUCGUCUUAUCGCCGCCGGUUGAAGGGAAGCGCUGCGCGGGAGCGUGCACACACGCGUUUGCUCUCACGAAGUGGAAGGCUGGGGGCUUUCUUGCGCAUUUCGAUAACAUUAGGUUGCCAGAGAAUGAUCAUGCGAUGGGAAUAUACUUCGAUCAGCUAAUGCGGUUAUAUGGCGAGCAAGUUCACCCAAUAUGGGUUCUUGGGAGUAAUCUCAGGAGCCCACAGGCGAAGGAUCAUUUUGGGCUUGUGUACCAAGACCGCAAAAAUUAUCCAUCGGUUAUAAACGCCAAGGAAUAACCUUCUGUACGUGUACAAUUCAACCUUCAGGUCUCUGAGUAGUGUUAGUACUGAAUCUCUAAAGAUUCAACACAUUUAGUGAAAUGUAGAAGAAAAUAAAUAAAUAAAUAAGAGCCACUGGCUUGGGUUACUUCCAA